CUAUUGCUGGAGUCAUUGCAGUUGGAGCUAUCAUGAGAGCCAUAGUUGGAGCUAUAAUUGGAGUCUCAGAACUGCUCUUUAUCAUUGAAGCCUCAAAACUGUAUAUCUUGAAGUUAUAUGGAUUUCUCAUUACUUUGGUAGUUCA